UAAGCUACUCUGCCCUCUUCUCAACCUCUGUAUCACCCUAUCAUGCUUUAUUUCUUCUUCAUGCGAUAUUCCACUCCGUAGCCAUGCAUCUCCGCGCCAUCUGACCCAAGCAUUCUUCUCAGCUUCCUUAAUUCGCGACUUUUUCGACGAUCGGCGUAACCUCUUCUCCGUCAUCUUGUCAUAGUUCCAAUUUCUUAAUUUGUCCAUGACUUGAACCUCUUCAUCUUCCUCCUCGCGCCUCUUUUGCUGUUUCUCUCGGAGUGCGUGCAGUAUCUGUUCACGUUCCUGCCGGGCUUCAGGAGUAUCCCACUUUGCGUGAAUCAACCUGCGCGGUGGCUGUUUGGAACUGCUUUCCACAUUGACAUGUUGGAAAUUCGAACGCCUCAUUUGAGAAUUUGAGCCCCAGUUCAUGUCUCUGAAAAUUUCCUCUCUCUCUUCGAUUAAUAUCUUGUUGCGCUCAUGUGCCACUUGUUUUUCAUCUUUCACAGCCUGUAGCUGCCUACUCAUGUUUUGGACUUGCUCCUUCAAUUUCGCGACUUUUUGCUGUAGUCCCUCUACAUUCCACCACUCCUUAUUCCUCUCUGGAAUUCGAUCGUGAUACUCCUUGAUAUAUCUUUGCACCUCUUCGGCGUUCUGUGUUAUAAUCUUGUCGAACUCCAGAUUUCGCUGGUGCAGAUGUUCGGAAGUGGCUAGGUAGUCAUUCUUCCACCCAUCGGAUUGGAAAACAGUUUUGGUCAACUCUUCCUUGAUCGCUGCGAGAUUUGCUUCGUAGGAAGCGAGCUUGUUUUUCAGCUUCUCAUUUUCUUUCCGUAACUUUGGAACUCCAUCCAGUAAUUGCUUAUUCUUAGCCCUUAGCUCUUCAAUGAGCCAUCGAUCGCGUGUGAUGUCUUGGGGCAUUUCAGACAUGGCAGGAUUCGAUGAAGCAGGGGCUGUGCCGGAAGUCUCUCCCUCUCCGUGGUUUAUAUGGUGUACACCGUAUAAGCGCUGCUGAAGCACUUCUUCAGAUUGCUGAUCAGCCCUCGCCUGUUUCGCUUGCUUCAAUUCGUCUUCCAGUCGCCUGUUCAGGUCUCUGUGGAACUCAUCGCUCUUUUUAAGAUCUUUAAUCAUGUUUUCAAGCUCCAGCGCUUCUUCCGGUGUUUUGUAGUCUUGUAUUCUGCGUUUCAUAUCUGCGUUCUUCUCUCUCUCCUCUUUCAGUUCUUGCCUUAAUACAGAUAUGGUUUUUUCAACAUCUUGCUUUUCGGUUUCCAAACUCACAACCUUGGCCUUCUCUUGGGACAGCUGCCGUUCCAGUGCAUAUAUACCACCGUCAACGUCCUGUGGCAUGUUCUCAUCGUCUCGUAUAUCCAACUGAUCCGACGUCCCGUGAGAUCCAUCAGGACUAGGAGGAGUAAUAGUAGAGGUUACAGAACCUUGAGCUCUGUCACUAUACUCAGACCGUGUCUCCUCAACAGAAGUUUGAUCGCUGGAAGGAGAUUGCGGCCGUUCAAUUUCCAGACGCUCCAACUGCAAUUGCAUCUCUCCUGCAUGACCCGUGGGUGUAGUAGACUCUAGCUCACGCUCCGAGUCCUCUUCCAAGACAAUAUUUGGAGUUCCCCCUCGCGAGCCCAACCAUCCAUAUUCGCUACUACCAGAACCCCCAGAGCCGAAUGGAUGUUUGUACUCAUCCGAGUCCUGGCUCGAUGGUCUGCUUCUUAUCGUUGACGACCUCUUAUGAGAGCCUCUCCUGGUUAGGCUCAAGGGUUUCGGCUUAUUGGAGUUUGAGCGCGUCAGACUGGGUUUCCGAUCUAGCCCGAAUUCGCGUUCCUCCUUUGAAGCAGGAGCAUUACUUGACAGUUCAACCUUGUCUCUAUGUCUGUUCUUCGAUGCCGCGGUGUCGGCCAUGUAACUGCCGUGGGAACGGCCGUAUACCAGUGGUUUCGGGCGUUGCGUGCUGGAGCCCGAGGGAACUUUUCUCUUGCCAGAUGAGACGUCAUGAGCGUUCUCCUCCUCCUCCUCCUCAUCCGCUUCCUGUGACUCCCAUUCCUCCCAUUGUUCGGUUUCUUCUUCAAUAUUUGAAUCGCGGAGGAACGUCUUGGUAGCUUUUUCAUUUUCAUUGUUGCUGUUGCCGCUUUGCGACUCCAU